GGUCCCUCGUGCAGGCUGCGCUCCUCCUGGGUGCUAUUUGACAAUUCCUGCCUCUGCCAUUGGUCAGUGUUGGAUCAGAUGGUUGUAUUUCCUUCUGGCCCUCACUGGCACCUCGCCAUCCCCCCUCAGCUAAAACCCAAUCUCGGCUAUACUACUAAUAGGCGAGGCGCUCGGAUUAUAAACCACAACAAAUCAUAAACCCGGCGGAGCCAGCAGCGGCCGCGCGCGCCUCCCCUCCCGAUGAGUUCCUAUUUCGUGAACUCCACCUUCCCCGUCACUCUGGCCAGCGGGCAGGAGUCCUUCCUGGGCCAGCUGCCGCUCUACUCGUCGGGCUAUGCGGACCCGCUGCGGCACUACCCGGCGCCCUACGGGCCUGGCCCGGGCCAGGACAAGGGUUUCGCGGCAUCGUCUUACUACCCGCCGGCCGGCGGAGGCUACGGCCGGGCGGCGCCCUGCGACUACGGGCCGGCGCCCGCCUUCUACCGGGAGAAGGACGCGGCCUGCGCCCUCUCCGGCGCGGACGAGCCUCCCCCGUUCCACCCGGAGCCGCGCAAGUCCGACUGCGCCCAGGACAAGAGCGUCUUCGGAGAGAGCGAGGAGCAGAAGUGCUCCACGCCCGUCUACCCGUGGAUGCAGCGCGUGAAUUCGUGCAACAGUUCCUCUUUCGGGCCCAGCGGUCGACGGGGCCGCCAGACCUACACGCGUUACCAGACCCUGGAGCUGGAGAAAGAAUUUCACUACAAUCGCUACCUGACCCGCCGGCGGCGCAUCGAGAUCGCGCACGCCCUGUGCCUGACCGAGCGGCAGAUCAAGAUCUGGUUUCAGAACCGACGCAUGAAGUGGAAAAAGGAGAGCAAACUGCUCAGCGCGUCUCAGCUCAGUGCGGAGGAGGAGGAAGAAAAACCGGCCGAGUGAAGGUGCUUGCUGCAGAGGGAGGAGGGACGCGGAGGGAGAGAGAGAGAGAGAGAGAGGAGAGAGAGGGAGAGAGAGGCCUGUUGGAGGAACCGAGGGCACCCAAAAGCCCCAGAAGGCUCUGC